CUGCAUCAGCGUGCAGGCGGACGUGCAUGGACGCGAGCAACAGAUCCGAGCGCAUGCGCAGUUCAUUGUUUUGACUGAAAAUGCCGUCGGUUUCGAAAACGGCGGCCAAUGCGUCUCCUCAAACCGAGAAACCUACCCACUAUACAUACUUGAAGGAGUUCAGGACAGAGCAGUGCCCGUUGUUCCUCCAGCACAAGUGCACGCAGCACAGACCCUUUACGUGCUUUCAUUGGCAUUUUCUCAACCAGCGAAGAAGAAGACCCAUCCGAAGAAGAGACGGAACUUUUAACUACAGCCCCGACGUGUACUGCACGAAAUACGACGAGACCACAGGCAUCUGCCCGGAUGGAGAUGACUGUCCUUAUUUGCACCGGACCACUGGUGACACGGAGCGCAAGUACCAUCUACGCUAUUACAAGACUGGCACUUGUAUCCAUGAGACAGAUGCUCGAGGGCAUUGUGUGAAGAAUGGCCUCCACUGUGCUUUUGCUCACGGGCCACAUGAUCUCCGACCUCCAGUCUAUGAUAUCAGAGAGAUUCAAGCACAAGAGGCCCUUCAAAACGGACAGCUGGGAUCUGGGGAAGGUAUUCCUGAUCUGCAGCCGGGUGUGUUAGCCAGCCAAGCCAUGAUUGAGAAAACUCUGACAGAAGACCCCCGAUGGCAAGAUACCAACUUCGUUUUAGCCAACUAUAAAACGGAUCAGUGCACUAAGCCCCCGAGACUAUGCAGACAGGGCUACGCUUGCCCCCACUACCACAACAGUAGAGAUCGAAGACGAAAUCCAAGAAAGUUCAAGUACAGGUCAACUCCGUGUCCCAAUGUGAAACAUGGGGAUGAAUGGGGCGAACCCUCAAAGUGCGACAGUGGAGACAGCUGCCAGUACUGUCACUCUCGCACUGAACAGCAGUUUCACCCGGAGAUCUACAAAUCUACCAAAUGCAAUGAUAUGAGACAAACUGGAUACUGUCCCAGAGGACCGUUUUGUGCAUUUGCACAUGUAGAAAGAAUCCCCUCCACGGAGGAGACGAUGAGCUCGUUGCUGACGGUGAUUCAGUCCAGUUCACAGUCCCAGCUGGGCUCUCAGCAGUAUUCAGAGUGUCCGCUCGGCGAGUGGAACAGCGGAGGCAGCGCCACCAGCAGCAACGGACAAGCAGGAAGUGUUUCAUGUUCUAAUAGCUCAACUGUAACUCCGAGCUCAGGAAGCGACACUUUGUUAUCCCCAGUGGGAUCCGUGUGCAGGCCCAAAUCCUUAACUAAUAGUAGUUUAUGUUCAGAGUCCACCUCAUCCAGCGUCUCAUCUCUGACGUCUAACUAUCCCAAAGCUCCGGGCUUUGAACGAGAGGAUCAGAUUAAGAACAAGGGGCAGGUGGAUCAGAAACUGAUGGACCAAGAAAAACAGACACAAAAUACAGUUUUCUCUGCGGUGAACCCUUUGGCAUCCAGCUUUACCUCCAGUAUAACAUCCAGCUUGGCCUCUAGUAUUGGCUCAGAUAGUUCUUCACCCACCACCUUAUCAACAAUGAAUGCAAAAGCCACUCCUUUCUAUCCAGGGAGCAACACAGUGGAGUCAGUCAUAGGAUCCGCUCUGGACCUCAACUUCUGUGACAUUAAUGUUGCGUCUCUGGAGAAGGAGCUCGAGGAGCAAGACGACAGUGUGGGGUUGACGAGUCAAAGGGCAGUCGGGGGAUCUGCACCCGUUAACAUUCCCGGCUCCCUCGCGCGCUCGUCCUCGUUUAAUUCCUCGUCAUCGCUCUCCACCUCCCCGCUGAGCUCCCUCUCCCAGUCGCUGUCGCAGUCCCUGCUGGCUGCCUCCAUAUCGCAGCACAAUCAACCUUCCAACAUGUUGGCCAAGCAGGAGCACGGCCUUCUGGGAACCUCCUCGUCCCAGAACUCUUUGGGCUUGAAUGGGGGGGCGAGCAGCAUUUGGGACUUUGUGAGCGGCAGCUUUUCACCGAGUCCGUCUCCAGUGUUCAGCAGCCUCACCUCCACGACCAGCAGCGCCGAUCUGGCCCGCCUCUUCAGAGACCUGGACGAGGCCAAGAGGAAGAUCAAACAAUGGGAGGAGGCCUGGCAUCAGGUCAAACAGGCCUGCGAAGCGUGCCAGAAAGACGCUCAUGAAGCGAAGGAACAAGCGAAGACGGCCGAGGCAGAGCGGCAGCUGGCGGAGCAGAAAUGGGAGGAAACGCAGCGCAAGCUGAAGGAGCUCCAAGGGGACUUUGACGUGCUCUGUCGCACCCCUGGAACUCCUCUUCUACGUAGCUAUGGAGAGCUGGACGAGCUCCCCUUGUCCAAGCUUCACUCCCUCCAGAGUCAGCUGCGUAAUGACCUAGACCUUAUAGACGGGGUAAUAUAUCAGCUUCAGUCAAAGAAAUGUAUAGUUUGCCAAAAGCAUGAUCGUUGCAUUGUCCUGCAGCCUUGCCAACAUUAUGUACUAUGUGAGAACUGUGUACUUAGUAAAACAGAAUGUCCCUACUGUAGAACAAAAAUAUUGAAGUGGUGAUGUACAACUAGCGGAGGAACUGCUCAUAGGGAUAACGUUUUCUAAAUGUCUGUUUCAUACAGUGGUGGAUUUACUUUAGACUACAAUGAUGUUUGACUGACCAAACAAAUAGUAUUAUGCAUCAGACUGUGUCCGGGGGAUUCAAUCAUUGUAGUGUUUGCUCAUUUUAUGCUCAUUACCUUCGACCUGACGGCGUUCUGUGUGACGAGCCUCUCGCGCAGAUUAGAAUAUUAAAUGACCGUACACCAUGACACUAAAGGACAUCGAUGUCUGUGACGACGUUACAUGACGUCAUGAAUUCCCCCCCCCCCCCGCCCAACCUGCUUUUACAGUAAAUACAUAAUUACAGAUUCUUUUUUUUUUUUUUUUUUUGAAAUUGCAAACGGGACCAACGGCGUUGGUUCGACGCCGUCUUCACUGAGACGUUAUGAGUUGUUGUGUUUUACUGUUGAUUGAUUGGAAAUACUGCACUUGUGGAUAAAUCUCGUGGAUUUACUAAAAAAAAGCUUUUUGACUUAACACGCAUCGCAUUCUUGUAUUUGAAGAAGGAAAUCCGAGCACUUACUCACUGUAACUGUAUAAUUCUAUAUUUACUGAAAAGUUCUAGUUUUAAAAUGACAUUAAAAAACUCUUAUGUACUUCUACUGUAACUCUUUAGGUCGUUCUUCAGUCAUUCAAGUUUAUUAAACAAAGUAUUCUUUGUAUUGAUGACCACAGUAGCCUUCCACAGAAAUCACUCAAUGUUUCAAACUGCCAGGACGCGUUCACUCAACUCAAGGGAUGGAAACAUAAAAUGGGCAAAACUCAAAGCUGAUGUUUCUUUAAUUAAAGAGGAAUACACAUAAUAAAUAAAAGUGUGGGAGACAUUUACUUUAAUUAAUUGCAACCUCCAGAGAUGACGUGUGAAAUGUAUCGCUGAUUUUAAAUUUUAGAAGCUCCAUGAUCCGAGGAUUUAUUACACACACUGAGGCGUAACUGAGGGGAACAUAGUCCAUCUGUGCUCAAAGCAUUGUCCAACAAUAUAAAGAGAAUAUGCAGAUGUGUUGUAUUUAAUGCUGAACCCUCAGACUCGCAGAGGAAACGCUGAAACGUGCUCCUCUUUAAGCAAAGACACAUUUUCAUUAACGUUUGUUUUAAUGCACCCAGUCAAGCAUCAUUCUUUCUGACCAACUCCCCUGAAGAAGGUUUCUUUAUUAAAGGGUAUAUAUAUAUAGAACUUUGCUUUUAAGCGGCUUUGUAGGUUUUCUUUUGUGUCUUUUUUUUAGAUUUGUAAUUGUUUGUUUUCUAUAUAAGCGGAUGUCUGAAGCUUCUGUGUGUACUGUGUUUCCUAUUGUUAAAUCAUGGCAUGGUUCAACAUAUAAAGAUUUCAUAGAAAAGUA